AAUUUCCUGUGGUUUUAGUCAACAUCAAAGCAUUGUUGACGUCCAGUUGCCACGUUACCGCCGCCCUGGCACAUAUCCCUCCGCCAUAGCCCAGCAGAUCCAAACAACAGAAAAUAUGCAGCAUUUCACUGACUUUUGACGCACAUGUGGACUCAAUAUGUUACUAAAGAGUCUAGAUCUGAGCUUCUUAUCAGCUCUAAAGUUGAAGAUUACCCUGCUCUGGUUGCUCUGUUUUCCCACUCCGCAAGGAGGACUUCAGACCCCUCAGGUCCUGUGAUGUAACUCCUCGUAUUUCGGACCACAUUUUAAGUCAUAUGUAGGGAAUUCAACGAUGUUCCGCUUCAAUGUUAUUUUUGUCUGUUUUUCUUUAAUUACGGCUGUCGUCGAAAUGGAGCCCGGCGCGGACCCUUGGUAUGUGGCUGCAGUGUAUGAGCACAGAGUAGUCCUGAACCCGGAGCCCUACGUCCCCCUGUCCCGCCACGCCGCCCUGGAGCACCUCCAGAGGAACCUGGACAUAUACGAGGAGCAGGCUGCACGCGCCGCCCAGCAGGUAAAGACAGCACGGGUCAAACAUGUAGACCCGCGAGCUCUGAGUCUGCCAUAAAUGUACAGUUUGGACGCAUUCUUGAAAAUAGGAUAGGCGGCCCAAAAGUUAAAUAAUUACACCUUAUCAGAUCUGGCACACCACGUGUCCCCACGUUUGCCCCCUUGAAAAAAACAUUUGAUGUAGUUAAUUUUUAACACAGGAAGUUUACUAAAAACUAAACUAUGAAAGAGCUGCCCCAGCUCUGACACUAGAGAAUGAAGAAUAACAAGUAUGUCUGAUAAGCAGGAUAAAAAAAGCACUGUAACAACCCUAACACAUGAAUUGGAAGUUUUUUUAACAUGGAUAGCAGAUAAAUAAUACCAAUAUCACAUUACCUUUUUUUGUUGGACAUAAUAGUACUAUCAAAUGAGAAAAAUGCUGAAUUUUAGUAGAUGUAUUGUGAAAUAAAUGAAGACUAAGUGAAAAAUAUUUGGCUCAGUAAAAUAUAAUUACAUUGGACUUUUAGAUUGCUAUCCAGCUAUCUGAAAUAAUUAAAAAACACAAGACAAAUAUUAACAUUGUUAAUGACCUGCAUUAUUCUAUACAUCAAGAUUUAUAUUAAAAACUAGCUGGUGACUAUUUCAGAGUUGACAUGCUAGAUCAAUGGACAGAUAAUGUUAAUAUCAGCUUUGUGAGGGCCGAUCAAAAUCUAAUUUAUGCACACGAUUUAUUGGUUUGUCUCUAUAGUGUACCCAAGUGGUACCAGUGAUGUUCAGGAUGAGUUGUAUGACUGAGUUUGCUAUCAUUUAUACGUAAAACUACGAAGAGAACAACUGCAGUACUAAUAGAUUCUGUCUCACAUACCUUCAAUCAGAAGGCCCUGUGUAUAUAUAUGUCAAUAAAAGGGUCGUACCUUAUAUGACAGCAAAUGACUGUGCAUUCAGAAUCCUGGCAUGUUUAUUCAGUCCUGUCUUCUCUUGUCUUUAUCAGGGUGCCCAGAUCCUGGUGUUUCCAGAAGAUGGUCUACAUGGGUUUAACUUCACCCGCACAUCGAUCGUAGGUUAUCUUGAAACAAUUCCUGACCCCCAGCAGGAGAGCUGGAACCCCUGCACAGAGCCGGAGAAACACGUCAACACUGAGGUGCACAGAUAUACCUCAUGUAUGAUGUCUAUCUUGAUUUAAAGAUACCCACGAGCAGCCAACACUGGUCUGUUAUUAUGAAUUACAUUUCAGAAUGGUUGUUUUACAGGUUCUCCGGCGGUUGAGCUGUAUGGCUCGUCGGCAUAACAUCUACAUUGUGGCUAAUAUGCCUGACCGACAGCCCUGCCCCCUGUCUACAGAUCCCACCUCCUCCUGUCCAUCCGAUGGACGCUGGCAGUUCAACACUAAUGUGGUUUUCAGGUGAUCUGAGAUCUGUAAAGAGGGAAAUUGCACAAGCUCCCAGUUUAAACAAACUGCUACAUUCAUUCUCCUUCUUUCAGCUCUGAUGGCCUGCUGGUGGCACGCUACCAUAAGUACAACCUCUACUUUGAGCGAGCAUUUGACACUCCACCGCAGCCUGAGAUCAUCACAUUUGAUACUCCUUUUGCUGGAAAAUUUGGCCUCCUGAUAUGCUUUGACAUCCUCUUCAAGGAGCCGACAGUUACUCUUCUGGAAAAGGUAAAAAAAACAACACUGCUGUUUUUUUGGUUUUGUCUUUCUCCCUUUUUCUUCCCUUUCCUGACGUGUACCUCACUUUUAACACUUUUCAGGGUGUGCGUCAGCUGAUCUACCCCACAGCCUGGAUGAACCAACUCCCCCUUCUUGACACAAUCCAGUUCCAGCGAGCAGUGAGCUUAGGCGCCAAUGUCACCCUGCUAGCAGCCAACAUUCGAAGUGAUCCACUCAUAAUGACAGGGAGUGGCAUCUACACCCCUUUUUCUGCUACCUACCACCACGCACAGAAAGGAGACCCAGAGGAGGGGAAGCUGCUGGUGGCCAGAGUGCCAGUCUUAGACCCAGAGUGGUCAGGGCAGAGGGUGGCCACAGAAGAGGAGUUAAAGUCUGAGUCCAUUUCAUCUGUAGUUGCAGACUCUGGAUUCUGCCACAGCGAGAGCUGCUCUGAUGCAUCUUCAGUCCCUCCAUCAUUCACCACUUUUACUUCAUCUAUGAUGUACGACACAUCAACAUUUGUGCUCCUAAAUGACACAAGAGGAAAAGUUCAUGUGUGUGAUGGCACCUUUUGCUGUCACCUGCAGUACUUGAAAUUACCACAGAAUGGCAGUAGAGAGUUAUACGCAUUAGGAGCAUUUGCAGGAACCCACCUUGUCAAUGGACGCUAUGCCCUGCAGGUACAAACUAAAGGCUUUAUGGACAAAUAAAACUGCUUUACAACAUUUCUGUCACCUUUAACGUUUUCCUUUUUUUGCAGGUGUGUGCCCUCGUCCGUUGUGCUGGGUCGGACCAGAGCUCCUGUGGGCAGAUAGUAGAAGAAGCUGAGACUAAAAUGGACUUUAUAUUGGAGGGACAGUUUGAAACCAAACAUGUGUACCCAUCAGUUUUGGCAAGUAAGAUGGUUUUGGAGGAUCCAGAGCAUUUUAGAAAAUCUGCAGAUGGAAGAGUGACUUUAAAACACUCAGACAUGACUGCUGGACUGGUGACCGCCUGUCUGUACGGACGGAUGUAUCACCUGGACUAGAAAUAAAAUGCAAAGUGAUUCUUUAAGAAGCUGCUCUCUUUUCUUUCAUUUACACUCUGCAAUAAAUUCAAAACAAAUACCUUUA